AUGAGGGAGAUGAUGUUGUUCCACAAUGAUGAACCAUACCUAGUCACAAUAGAUGUUGCUACUGAAGGUGAAUCAAGUGAGGAAGAAGAUGAUGAAAAUGAACCUAAUCUAGUCACAGUGAAUGUUGGAAUAGAUAUUGCAACUGAAGGUGAAUCAAGUGAGGAAAAAAAUGAUGAAAAUGAUCCUUAUCCAAGUGACUACAAUAGUGAAGAAUCGGAAUCCUUUAGGUUGGAAAAAAAAAGAGAAAUUAAUGAUCAACUUGACAACUUUAAAGAAUUGGAAAAAGGUAUGAGUUUUAAGAACCUUGAUGAAGCUAAAAGGGUUGUAAGUUACUACUCAUUUGCUAGGAAGGUUGCCCUUAGAGUUGACAAGAGUGACUCUGUUAGAGUUAGAUAUAAAUGUAUUGUUGGUUGUCCUUUUGUGUUUCUUAUUUUUGAAGUUAAGAAAGGGCAAGGAUUUGAAAUUAAGACUUUGCAAACAAAACAUACAUGUCCAAAAGCAUUCAAGAAUAGAAGAGCUACUCAACAAGCUCUAGCACACUACUUUAAGAAUAGGGUCCAAAAUGAUCCUAACUGCAAAGUGACUGAAAUGAGAAAGAUUGUAGAUGAUAACUUUAAGCUUAAUAUUAGUUAUUCAAAAAUGAAGAGGGUUAAAAGACUUGUACUGGAAAAACUAGAUGGUAGCUAUGUUGAUGAUUUCAAUAAAUUGGAGGGUUAUGCUCAAGAGUUAAGGGACAGUAAUCCUGGUACUGAUGUAAUUAUAAACAUAUCCAAAAAGGCUUUGUUGGAACAUGGACAAAGAAAAUUUUUGAGAAUAUAUAUUUGUAUUCAGGCUUUGAAAAGUGGUUGGAGAGCUGGUUUGAGACCAUUUAUAGGGUUAGAUGGCACCUUUUUAAGAGGCAAGUUUAAGGGAAUUUUAUUGGUAGCACUUGGUCAAGAUUCAAUGAAGCAUUUCUAUCCACUUGCUUGGGCAGUAGUGGAUAGAGAAACUAUUAGAACAUGGAAAUGGUUCAUUUAG